GAUAACUACGGCUUCUGGUAUUUCGUGCAGCGUGCCACAAUAAAAUACCGCAGCGAACAAAACACACUAACGCCGCUUGGUUGCUAACGUCUUCAACAACAACAACAAAGCAAAGUGUACAAAUUUUGUACGAUUUCUCAGUUCUCACAUAAAUAGUUAUAAAUAAAUGCACAUAGAAUGCUGUCCAACCUGCUGGUGACCAAACAGAAGGUGGUCCUCAUAAUAGAUGAACUAAAUCGGGAGCGCAUUGCCCUUAGGUUCAUUGACAGUUUGCUGCACGAGCAGGGACAGGAGGCGGGCACUAUCAAGACGCUGCCAAUUGGCAAUCUGAGGCACGUGUCCAGCUACCAGGCGCUGCUGAAUGAGUGCGGCAACAACAACAACAACAAUAACAACAACAACCAGUCUGGAGAAGCCGCGGAUUUCAAAUCCGUUCCUGCCACGGUUAUGGGGGCCAGCACAAAGGCCGAAUACAAUGUGAUACUGCCCACAUUGGCCGACCUGCUGUGCUACCAGACACCCGCGUACAUCUUCAGCUUCAUCAACAGGCUGCGUCGCUCGGAGCACGUGAGACGCGUGUUCCUCUGGGCCUCGCCGCAGCACUUGCAGCAUCACCAUGCGCAGUACAUACUCGCCGGCUGCGAGUAUCUGGCCGAGUUGAUUCUCCGCCUGGAGACGGAGACCCUCAUGUCGCUGAUAUCGCGCAAGCCCGGCGGCGGGGUCUCCAACAAACGCUACGCCUGCCAGGUGACCAAAACGGAGUUUCAUGUGACGCCUCUGGACGGACAAGCAGCAGUUGGUUCGCCCAAGCAGCCAUCGCCGGAGGCUGAACAGACAGCAGAGCCGGCCAGCAGCACCUUCAAAAUAGAGCUUGACGAGGAUGAAGUAGUGGCGCGUAACGCUCUCACAUUGCCAUACGAACGCACCAGCGAGCCGGCCGAGGGCAACAUCAUUUACACACCCGAUGCCGACGAUGAUUUCGACGACGAGGAUCCCGAUGAGGAUCUGUGCAUCUAAUGUGCGCCCCAGCAGCGAACGGCAGUACAAAUAGCCUUGGCUUUAAGUCUAUUUAAGUCUAAACCUACUUAACACAUAGAAUACCUGCAAGGAGCAAGGUCCGGUCCAGAAUUCCACCCCCC